UAAAACAAGGUCUAAAGGUAACACUCAUGAUGGAGGAAGAAAAAAACAAGAUCCAAAGUGAAGGUAUGAAUUUGUCCGUAAGUCAAGAGAGUCCUCGGGAAACAAGUCAGAAUGGGACUGUCCUGCCUGCAGCAGAAGCCAAGACUGUGCCCACGCAGUCUUUUUCCUCCCUGCUGCCGAAGGCUCUUUCUGCUGUGCUGCAUCCGGCGGUAGCCCCGGGGCUGAGCUCCGACCCCAGGCCCAGCAGAAAUCCAGAGAAGGGCGCUUCCAACCUGGAAGUGCUGCAGACAGAGCUGAGAGACCUGAAGGAGCAGUUUGAACAGAUGAAAAGUCAACACAACAAAGAAAUCAAACUUCUGAUGAAUGAGCUUGAUGAGGAGAAAAGGAUUCGCUUGACUUUACAGAUGGAAAUCCAACGUAUGAAGAAGCACAUGUCUAAAUGAACCUGAGAUGCCAAGACAGAGAUGCCGAUUCAACACAAAUCCUUCCAUCCUCUUUUUUUUUCAAUGAAAGGAUUUCUUUUUUGGUUAUUGCUUUGACGAUAAUCACAUUUAUCUUUGCGAUGGACUGCGGAGUGGGCUGACCAGGAGGACUCAGUGCUGCAAAUACAAAGCUGCAGCACCGUGGUGGUGGACUCAUAACGGGAAGACGCAACACACUGCUGUUUCUCAAAGCAGUGCAUCGUCUCUUAUAUAAAUAUAAAUAAUUUUAUUUACUUGUAAACCAUUGCAUCUUUGGUUAUCUUUUUUUUUUGUAAGUGCUCAAGUUUCCAUGCAUAUGAAAUCUGCAUUUCAGAAAUUUUGACUGAGACAAGAAGAUAUUCAGUUCAUCACCAUUUGUUAUUAGAGUGUUUAUUAAUAAUAAAAGAUAAAUUCAUAUAUACAAAUAAAUAUAUGCGUAGGAGUGAAACACUUUUAAAAAAGAGGGAGUCAAAUCUUCUCUUCUCAGACAAAAUGGAAAUCUGUCUUUCUUUUUCAGUCUUAAGAAAUCUGUGAUGAAAAACAAACAAAUAAAUAAAUCUGGAGUGGAAUGUGUUUGCAUGUUCAGCAGGUUGUAGGUCUGUGCCAGUGGGUUGUUCUGUGAAUGUAUGGAGACGGUUUGUUGAAUCUCAGUGCUGAGAUAAAUUAUCAACACAUGAAUGGAGAUGAAAUCCUUUUCAGAUACAUAUGCUGAAAGGUGUCUGUGGUCACUUUCUCCUACCAAAUAUAA